AUGGAGAUUGCAUUUGAAUCAUCAGUUUUAGGUCGACCUGUAUUCAUUUCAGGCACCAGAACCUCUUCUUUUUUGCAUUACAAUCGGGUUUCGGAGAUACUGUUUAAGGUUUCUCAAAAGAGUUAUCAAUACCCACCUCGUAUUUCAUCAAAUUUUACCGAUUUUAGACCUUACUGUAGUAGUUCAAUUUUUCCUAGAACUCGUUCAAAAUCGUCAUGCAAUGUUAGCACUGAUGUGGGUACUGAUCAAAAUGUGCAGUUGGAGUUAAUAAAGGUGUUAUUGAAAAGGGGUGUUGUUUUUGGUGCAAUGGUUUGUGGGGUUUUGGUUUUUGGGUGCAAGAGAGUGUUUGCAUCCGAGGGCGUGGUUAAUGCAGGGUAUGGGGUUAUUGGGCAGAGUAUAUUGCUGUUGCGGACUGCUUGGCCUAAAGUGUUGCAGCUCCUUAGUGUUUUUAAAGAGCAAGGUUUGAUAUUGGCUGCGCUUUUGGGAUUGUCUGCAUUUUUUUCGAUGGCUGAGACUUCCAUAACAACGCUAUGGCCAUGGAAGGUUCGUGAGUUGGCUGAAAAAGAGUCUGAUGACGGUGUCUUCAAAAUGCUCCGAAGUGAUGUUACUCGGUUUCUGACUACUAUUCUUAUCGGCACAACUGUCGUUAAUAUCGGAGCAACUGCAUUGGUAACGGAUGCAGCCACAGCGAUAUUUGGUGAAGCUGGAGUUAGUGCGGCCACUGGAGUAAUGACUGUUGCCAUAUUGCUUCUUACUGAGAUCACUCCAAAAAGUAUAGCUGUUCACAAUGCCACCGAGGUUGCCAGGCUUGUGGUUAGGCCAGUGGCGUGGCUUUCAUUAGUAUUAUACCCUGUUGGAAGAGUUGUCACGUAUCUGUCAAUGGGAAUGCUGAAGAUGCUUGGUUUAAAAGGAAGAAGCGAACCAUAUGUUACAGAAGAUGAGUUGAAGUUGAUGUUACGAGGGGCAGAAUUGAGUGGCGCAAUUGAGGAGGAGGAACAGGAUAUGAUUGAGAAUGUGCUAGAGAUCAAGGAUACACAUGUGAGAGAGGUCAUGACACCUCUUGUUGAUGUAGUUGCAAUUGAUGCUAGUGCGACUCUUGUUGAUUUUCAUAAGUUGUGGCUGACUCAUCAAUAUUCAAGAGUACCGGUUUUUGAGCAGCGUGUGGACAACAUUGUGGGUAUUGCCUAUGCAAUGGAUCUGCUGGAUUAUGUUCAGAAGGGUGAGCUGCUAGAAAGUACAACUGUGGGAGACAUGGCUCACAAACCUGCAUACUUUGUACCUGGUUUGACUUAUUCAAUGUCAGUCUGGAAUCUUCUUAGAGAGUUCCGCAUCAGAAAGGUCCACAUGGCUGUUGUUCUUAAUGAAUAUGGUGGAACUGUAGGAAUAGUAACCCUGGAAGAUGUUGUUGAAGAGAUUGUGGGUGAAAUCUUCGACGAAAAUGAUUCAAAAGAAGAGAUAGAGAAGAAAACUGGCUACAUUGUGAUGCGAGCAGAGGGAAUAUACGAUGUUGAUGCGAACACAUCUAUUGAUCAACUCUCUGAAGAUCUAAAUAUCAAAAUGCCAGAGGAUAAAGAUAAAGAUUAUUUUUUAAUGCUUUUUGGAUAUACAGAUAUAAGUGGUGAAUGCUUGGAGAUAUGUUUAGGAUAUUCCUGA